GGAUACAGGAGAGGAGAGACACAGUGGAGAGGGCAUAGAGAGAGCACAGAGAGAGCAUAGAGCCGGAUGAGAAAAAGAAACAGACAGAAGAAGAGUUAGAAGAAGUGAGGUAGGAUAGAGACGCUGCUAUGAUGGUGAGGUGGAGUGUGUGUCGCAGUUCUCUGGCUCUGCCAGCAUGUGGACUACCCAGUGCCCGCCACAACUCCAGUAUGCCGGUGGUGCGCCAGGGUCUGUCCCCAGAUAACAGCAGUACGGUCCAGAACUUCAGUGAGAUCCCAGGUCUCUGGAGAAACGGACUUCUCAACCUCUACAGUUUCUGGAAACUAGACGGAUUCAGGAACAUCCACAGAGUCAUGGUGCACAACUUCAAUACCUUUGGUCCAAUUUACAGGGAGAAGAUAGGCUACUAUGAUAGUGUAAACAUUAUAAAGCCGGAGGAUGCAGCCAUCUUGUUCAAGGCAGAAGGACACUACCCCAAGAGGUUAACGGUGGAGGCAUGGACCUCAUACAGAGACUACAGGAACAGGAAAUAUGGAGUCCUGCUCAAGAAUGGGGAGGACUGGCGGUCCAACAGGGUGAUUCUGAAUAGAGAGGUGAUCUCUCCCAAGGUGCUGGGGAACUUUGUUCCUCUGUUGGACGAGGUUGGACAGGACUUUGUGGCCCGAGUACAUAAGAAGAUAGAAAGGAGUGGACAGGACAAAUGGACCACCGAUCUUUCUCAAGAACUCUUCAAAUACGCUCUGGAAUCUGUGGGUUCAGUUCUGUAUGGGGAACGUCUGGGCCUGAUGUUGGACUACAUCAACCCUGAGGCCCAACACUUCAUUGACUGCAUCUCUCUGAUGUUCAAGACUACCUCUCCCAUGCUGUACAUCCCCCCAGCCAUGCUGAGGAGGGUAGGAGCCAAGAUCUGGAGAGAUCACGUAGAGGCCUGGGAUGGCAUCUUCAACCAGGCGGACCGCUGUAUCCAGAACAUCUACAGGACGAUGCGUCAGGACACUAACACCCACGGGAAGUAUCCAGGAGUCCUGGCCAGCCUUCUGAUGUUAGACAAGCUGUCUAUAGAGGACAUCAAGGCCAGCGUCACUGAACUGAUGGCUGGAGGGGUAGACACGACAUCUAUCACCCUGCUGUGGACUCUAUAUGAGCUUGCCAGACACCCUGACCUCCAGGAAGAGUUGAGGGCUGAGGUGGCUGUAGCCAGACAGUCUACCCAGGGAGACAUGCUACAGAUGCUGAAGAUGAUACCGCUGGUCAAAGGAGCGCUGAAGGAAACACUGAGGCUUCAUCCAGUUGCAGUCAGUCUACAGAGAUACAUUACAGAGGAAAUCGUCAUUCAGAACUAUAACAUACCUUGUGGGACUCUGGUCCAGUUGGGUCUCUAUGCGAUGGGUAGAGACCCAGAUGUGUUCCCCAGACCUGAGGAGUACCUCCCGUCCCGCUGGCUGCGGACAGAGAACCAGUACUUCAGGAGCUUGGGCUUCGGGUUUGGACCCAGACAGUGUCUUGGACGGCGCAUAGCUGAGACGGAGAUGCAGCUCUUCCUUAUACAUAUGCUGGAGAACUUCAGAGUAGAUAAACAGCGUCAGGUGGAGGUGCACAGUACCUUCGAGUUGAUCUUGUUGCCAGAGAAACCCAUUCUUCUGACCCUGAAGCCUCUAUAGAGCGGCCAGUGAUAUCAUGAAGCCUCUACACAGUAGCUGGUGACAUCAUGCAGCCUCUACACAGCAGAGGGUGACAUCAUGAAGCCUAUACACAGUAGCUGGUGACAUCAUGCAGCCUCUACUCUGUAAGGUCAAAGCGUGAGAAAAAUUCGAACAUUGUUUUAAUAAAACAAUAAUAUAACUUGAUUAGUUUAUCUUUAUUUUGUGGUUGUCUGGUACUUUCUAACUAGCUAGGGCCAUCUACUUUAAGUGCUCCCUGUCUUCCCAGGAGCCUAAUUGGUAUGUGAACUGCUGACUGCUCAUCAUUUGCAGAUGAUCAACCAGGAUUAAGGGAAAGGGAAAUUUGACUAUUGUUGUUUUCGUAAUCAGUGGCUGUCUUGGAGGGGGAGUGGUUUCUCCUCUCCUAGGCAAUCAUCAAUUAGUACCGGAAGGUGUGCUCUUCACCUUUGGGAGGCAAUUGUUAUUAACAAUUCAGUCUCCCCUGUUUUCUCAGGGGCAGCUGUGUCAGUGGCAGUCUCUUAGCAAAAGUAAUAUUAUUUUCAUCAAACUAUGUUUUCUCUCAGUCUUAGAGAAUCUGGUCAUUGCGGUUGUGGCACAGGUCUACUUGAUCCAUCCUCAGUUAAAUCAUCAUUGGCCUCAUGGUGAAAUCCCUGAGCUGUUUCCUUCUUCUCCGGCAACUGAGUUAGGAAGGACGCCUGUAUCUUUGUAGUGACUGGGUGUAUUGAUACACCAUCCACAGUGUAAUUAAUAACUUCACCAUGCUAAAAGGGAUAUUCAAUGUCUUUUGUUUAAGCAUCUACCUUCUUUUCAACCCUUUCAAAACCUCCCUGGUCUUUGGGGUUAAAUAUGUGCAUGACAUUCGAUAGAGGGACCUUACAGAUAAUUGUAUGUGUGGGG